CGAACAAGGGUGCAACAUUGCUGGAUCUAUAGAGUUUCCCCACAUAACAUACGUGGACACAAUGGUGGAUUACUAUGAAGCGCUGGGGGUGCCCCGCAAUGCCUCUCCAGAUGACAUAAAAAAGGCGUACAGAAAGAAAGCCCUGCAAUGGCACCCAGAUAAAAACCCAGAUAACAAGGAUUAUGCUGAGCAGAAGUUUAAGGAGAUAGCAGAGGCCUAUGAGGUUCUGUCUGACAAGAGCAAGCGCGAAGUCUACGACCGAUAUGGCAAAGAAGGGCUCAUGGGUGCAGCUGGAUCUGGUGGUUCCAGGGCUCAUCCAGGACCAGAAUUCACUUUCACUUUCCGUAGCGCCCAUGACGUUUUCCGAGAGUUCUUUGGAGGGCGAGAUCCAUUUGCUGACUUUUUUGAUGACCCAUUUGCAGACUUACGUGGACCUGUACCCCGGCAUCCUGCAGCGGGGCCUUUCUUUUCCCCUUUCCCUGCAUCCGAGUUCUUCGCAUCCUCGCUUGGUCCAGGACUCAAUGCAGGGAUGGGCUUCCGCUCUGUCUCCACUUCGACAAGGUUCAUCAAUGGCAAGCGCAUUACCACCAAGAGGGUCAUUGAAAAUGGACAAGAGAGGGUAGAAGUGGAAGAAGAUGGAGAACUGAAAUCCAUCCAGAUUAAUGGGAUCCCAGACGACCUGGCAUUAGGCUUGGAACUGAGCCGGCGUGAGCAGCAAGCGCUACAGAAUCGCGGGCCGUCCGCAUCUUCUCCAGUGACAUCCCCUCAACGCCCACCGCCCAAGCGCCCGUCCCCAAGCUCCUCCCCAGUGAUCUUGUACACAGACAGCGAUGAAGAGGACGAGGAUCUUCAGCUUGCUAUGGCCUACAGCCUGUCUGAGAUGGAGGCCAAGAGCCAGCACAGAGCAGGUGUGUUCUGAGUCUGGAAGAGCCAUGGGGAUUGCCUCUCCAGCAUUCGUUCUCGUUGAAGGCUGCUCAGGCCUGGACUUCACUUUCUGUUCUCUCCCUGAACCUGCCGGGGGGGGA